AAGCCUUUUCUCUGUAGCUAGCUCCUUCGCGAGUCUCUCCUUGCAGAGCCCGCUUUGCUUCUUUUCCAUCUCUCUUAUCUUUUUUCUUUGUAUUUCUCUCUCACUGUGUUUUUUUUCCUUCUUUUCCUUUAUCUGCUUUCGAUUCGGUUUCGAUUCUCAGAUUUGUCGAUCGAACGGCUUGUCUCUCUCCUUCCAUGACUAUGAUGACUCCACCAACGUUAGAUCAAGAAGACGAGGAGAUGCUUGUGCCGCAUUCAGAUUUGGUUGAAGGUCCACAGCCUAUGGAAGUUGUUACACAAGUGGAGCCGGCUAGUACCGUGGAGAAUCAACCAGUGGAGGAUCCUCCAUCCAUGAAAUUCACAUGGACAAUUGAGAAUUUCUCUAGGUUGAACACUAAGAAGCACUAUUCUGAAGUAUUCGUUGUUGGCGGUUACAAAUGGCGAAUACUAAGUUUUCCCAAGGGAAACAAUGUGGACCACUUGUCUAUGUAUUUGGAUGUAGCAGAUUCUGCCACAUUGCCAUAUGGAUGGAGUAGAUACGCACAAUUCAGCUUGGCUGUAGUCAAUCAAAUUCAUAGCAAGUAUUCGAUUAAAAAAGAUACACAGCAUCAAUUCAAUGCAAGAGAGAGUGACUGGGGUUUCACAUCAUUUAUGCCUCUCAGUGAUCUUUAUGAUCCCAGUAGAGGAUAUCUUGUGAAUGAUAUGGUUGUUGUGGAAGCUGAAGUUGUUGUUCGUAAGGUUCUGGAUUAUUGGUCAUAUGACUCAAAGAAGGAGACUGGCUAUGUAGGACUGAAGAACCAAGGAGCAACAUGUUAUAUGAACUCUCUCCUGCAGACUCUCUAUCACAUUCCUUACUUUAGAAAGGCUGUGUACCACAUGCCAACAACUGAGAAUGACAUGCCUACAGGAAGCAUUCCUUUGGCUUUACAGAGUUUAUUCUAUAAGCUGCAAUAUAAUGACACCAGUGUUGCAACAAAGGAACUGACCAAAUCUUUUGGAUGGGAUACGUAUGAUUCCUUCAUGCAGCAUGACGUACAAGAACUCAAUAGGGUACUGAGUGAGAAGCUAGAAGAUAAGAUGAAGGGGACUGUUGUGGAGGGGACAAUACAGAAGUUAUUUGAGGGCCACCAUAUGAAUUAUAUCGAGUGCAUCAAUGUGGAUUACAAAUCUACAAGAAAAGAGUCAUUUUACGAUCUCCAGCUUGAUGUGAAAGGUUGUCGGGAUAUUUAUGCUUCUUUUGACAAGUAUGUAGAAGUUGAAAGACUUGAGGGUGAUAACAAAUACCAUGCUGAAGAACAUGGUCUGCAGGAUGCUAAGAAGGGUGUCUUGUUUAUUGACUUCCCCCCUGUUCUUCAACUCCAACUGAAGAGGUUUGAGUAUGAUUUUAUGCGAGACACUAUGGUGAAGAUUAAUGAUCGCUAUGAGUUUCCUCUUCAACUUGACCUUGAUAGAGAGAAUGGAAAAUAUCUAUCGCCAGAAGCGGACAGGAGUGUUCGUAACCUUUACACACUUCACAGCGUCUUGGUUCAUAGUGGAGGAGUGCAUGGUGGACAUUAUUAUGCUUUUAUUAGGCCAACCCUUUCCGAUCAAUGGUUCAAAUUUGACGAUGAACGGGUGACAAAAGAGGAUAUAAAGAGGGCACUAGAAGAGCAGUAUGGUGGUGAGGAAGAGCUUCCACAGACCAAUCCCGGUUUUAAUAAUGCUCCAUUUAAGUUCACAAAAUACUCAAAUGCGUACAUGCUUGUGUACAUACGUGAAAGUGACAAGGACAAGAUAAUCUGUAAUGUUGAUGAAAAAGACAUUGCAGAACACCUGAGGAUUAGGUUGAAGAAAGAACAAGAAGAGAAGGAAGACAAAAGAAGAUAUAAAGCACAAGCCCACCUUUAUACCAUCAUAAAGGUUGCACGAGAUGAGGACCUUAAAGAGCAGAUUGGAAGGGAUAUAUAUUUUGACCUUGUGGAUCAUGACAAAGUCCGUAAUUUCCGUAUCCAGAAGCAGAUGCCAUUUAGUCAUUUCAAGGAGGAGGUUGCCAAAGAAUUUGGUAUACCAGUACAAUUUCAGCGAUUUUGGAUUUGGGCAAAGCGUCAAAAUCAUACAUAUCGUCCCAAUCGGCCACUAACACCUCAGGAGGAAUCACAAUCAGUUGGACAGCUGAGGGAGGUGUCAAAUAAAGCACACAAUGCGGAAUUGAAGUUGUUCUUGGAAGUAGAGCUUGGGCAGGAUUUACGACCUAUUGCUCCUCCGGACAAAACUAAAGAAGAUAUUCUUCUUUUCUUCAAGCUUUAUGAUCCUGAGAAAGGAGAAUUACGAUAUGUUGGUAGGCUUUUUGUGAAGAGUUCUGGUAAACCAAUGGAAAUCUUGGCAAAACUUAAUCAAAUGGCUGGCUUUGCACCUGAUGAAGAGAUUGAACUCUAUGAGGAAAUAAAGUUUGAGCCCUGUGUCAUGUGUGAACAUCUUGAUAAGAGGACCUCAUUUCGAUUAAGCCAGAUUGAAGAUGGAGACAUAAUUUGCUUUCAGAAAUCUCCUCCUCUUCAGGGUGAAGAAGAUUGUCGAUACCCAGAUGUGCCUUCAUUUUUGGAAUACGUGCAUAAUCGGCAGAUAGUUCAUUUUCGGUCAAUGGAGAAACCAAAAGAGGAUGAUUUUUGUCUAGAGUUGUCAAAGCUACAUACCUAUGAUGAUGUCGUGGAAAGAGUAGCUCGCCAAAUUGGUUUAGAUGAUCCAUCCAAGAUUAGGUUAACAUCUCACAAUUGUUACUCCCAGCAGCCUAAGCCCCAACCAAUUAAAUAUAGAGGAGUGGAGCAUCUAUCAGAUAUGUUAGUUCACUAUAAUCAGACCUCUGAUAUUUUGUACUAUGAAGUUCUGGACAUUCCUCUUCCAGAAUUGCAAGGUUUGAAAAAUCUGAAAGUUGCUUUCCAUCAUGCUACUAAAGAUGAGGUGGUAAUUCAUAAUAUUAGACUACCUAAACAGAGCACUGUGGGGGACGUAAUUAAUGAACUUAAAACGAAGGUAGAGUUGUCUCAUCCUAAUGCAGAACUUCGGCUUCUUGAAGUUUUCUAUCACAAGAUUUACAAGAUCUUUCCCCCCAAUGAAAAAAUUGAAAAUAUAAAUGACCAGUACUGGACAUUGCGUGCAGAAGAGAUCCCAGAGGAAGAGAAGAAUCUUGGACCCCAUGAUCGCUUGAUUCAUGUUUAUCACUUUACAAAGGAGACGGGUCAGAAUCAAAUGCAAGUACAGAAUUUUGGGGAGCCAUUUUUCUUGGUUAUCCAUGAAGGUGAAACUUUAGCUGAAGUUAAAGCACGCAUACAAAAGAAAUUGCAGGUUCCUGAUGAGGAUUUUGCUAAGUGGAAAUUUGCAUUUCUGUCACUAGGUCGUCCAGAGUAUCUGCAGGAUUCUGACAUAGUGUUUACCCGUUUUCAGAGAAGAGAUGUUUAUGGUGCUUGGGAACAGUACCUUGGGUUGGAGCAUUCGGACAAUACACCUAAGAGGUCUUACGCAGUAAACCAGAACCGUCAUACAUUUGAGAAGCCAGUUAAAAUAUACAAUUAGGCAAGAGCUGAUGAUCCUCCGCCUGCACAUUAAGUUGAAUCAGACAUCCUUGAUGCUAUAUAAUGUUUUAUGGAAAUGCCAGGGACUGAGUGGCACAUUUUGAAGGAAGGAAACAAAUGAAGCUCGGAGAAAAAGAAUUAAAAAAAAAAAAAGUUGAUAUGUAGGGUAGUCAAUUGGUUCUGUAGGAUAUAUGUUUCCCUUUUUAUGCUGGUGGGAAAGGGGGGAGGGGUCUCCCUUGUGUAGUGUGCUUUUAUCGUUGAUAUAACCUUUUUGCUUGAGCUCCUCUUCUUUGCUUGCCUCCUAACGAGGGUAACUCCUUGCUUUUAGAAAUCGGUGGUUUACCAAUAUACAGCUCCAGUGUAAUUUAGCAAAGUACAUAACAGGAUUUUGACUAGGGGAUGUAUACCAGGUAUAGUUGGUUGCGUUUGACAUUUAAUUCUUUUCCCUUUUUUUUAAUUUAUUUUUCUCUCCAGGGAUGGCAUUUGUAAAAUGGUUGGUUGAAUUUCUGUUUUGGGCUCAGGAUUCCUGUAAAAGAAUUGUAAUGCUCUGCUAUCCAGAGUGAUUUUAUAGCGCCUUCUCUCACUCACUUUCUAUGUAGUGCUGUUUCUCA